UCAAAAGUGGCCCACUCCGGCUGAGUCAAGAGCCUUUUUCCAGGUCAAUCGACAUUUUUUGGAGCAGAAAAAUGUCCAGCUCUGAGCUAAUUCACCAGUAUAAGACAACAUGCAAUAAGCUAAAGAAGAUACAGCGCGUUUUAAUCAAACGAUUCGGACCGAGCGUAGCGGAGGUAACGGAGGAAUUUGCUUCGUUGGCCAACAGCUUCAACGAAGCGUUUCAACCGGAAUAUGCUGCCCUUUGCUACAUCGGACAGAGUAAAUGCGAGAAGCUGAUCGGCAACGAUUCCGGCGAGGUCGAUGCUCUGCUCCGUGCGGCACGUCUCUUCCGUACGGCACACGAUAAGCAAGCGCGUAUGGAAACCCAAACCAUUUCCCCAGAGUACCACGAAGGUGCCUUCCGGUGCUAUACACAGGCCCUAUCCCGACUGCCGGAUAAAUCCGUUAUCGGGGCAGCAAUCAUUCGGGAGCUGAAGGAGAUUUACCCGAACGUGGAACUUACGAGUGAUUUCAGCUCUCCCUGCCAUCGCAUCUGGGAUCUAGAACAGUCAGCCGAGGAUAGUUUGACCGCGAAGGAUUACGUCGGAGCGUUCGAGAAGCUGUCGGAAAUUUAUGAUGAUGUCGCAGAGCGAAAGUGUGGAACACUCUACCAGGAUGUGGUGAACCGGAUCGAGGUGUCACGGUUGUUGUUGCUGUGUCUAUUACAGCUUCCACCAUCGGUACGAUACGAUCAUAAAUUCAUCGAACGAUACUCAACGAUCGGCGACGUUGGCCAGCAGCGCGCAACACAGACUAGUGUGGGAGAAUCUGGUUACGGACAGCAGGCGACACUUCCACCUGAUCUCGUAUUCCUACUUCAAUCCCUCGUGGUGUCCUGCCAGGCAAAGGAUAUCGAAUCGUUGUUAGCAACUCGGGAUGAACUAUGCCAACGGUCAGAUUUGAGUGCCUCCCAACAGGAGCUACUCAAAGAAGUGGUUACCAAGUACAGUAAAUGAUAUUAGAUGUGCCAGUGGGACGAUCGGAGUCAUUUUAGAUGCUGAAGGUCUAGCUGUAAAUAAUAGAGUAAGAGAGUAUACUUUACACUUGCCCACUGGGUAACCAAUUCCACACUUUAACCAAUGGUUUAACCAAUAUUAAAUGUACAAAAAAAGGAAUAGAGAAAACGAUCUUUGCUUUCCUUUGGCAAGUUCUAAAGGAAUUUGGCUUAAACUGAAAAAGUUCUUUUAUUCUCCCAAAGUGUUUCCUCUCGAUGGACAUGCAAGCACACCAUCAUGAUAAGUUUAAAAUUUAUAUGUCCGAGGAUUACAUACUUCGCGUGUACUGCAUUUACUGCAAUAUUUGUCGCAUACCUAAA